GUACAAAUGCCACUUACCCUGCACGAGCAGCCCUCACUGUUACCUCUGCCAGGACCUCCUGCUGACAGACCAGCACAGGAUCCAGGCUAGGCAGCAGAGCCUCCGGCCCCUUCCUGACAGAAUCCCGGGCUGCCGGAGGGAGGCACCGGCUCUGACCUCUGCUCCAUCGGCUGGCUUGUCUUUGUGCUGUUUCUAGCUCUGGGCUUUGCUCUUCCUCAGGGCAUGCAGGUUCCUCAGAAGAUGCUUGCUCCAGGGCUAAGCCGGUCAGUAGAUCCCUCUCUCCCUCCUCUCCUAACUGACAUCCCCGAGGCCAGGGCUAGCCUGCUGUACAGCGUGGACUCCUGUCUGCAGCUGGCAGCCAGGCAGAACAUCAACCUCAUCCUGCAGCACUACAAUUACACGGGGAAGCUGGGCAGACGGCGGCCCCAGGAGGACAGGAUGAGCCUCCUCAAGGUGGCCUUCAUCACCAUUAGCUGCCUCAUCGUGGUGGAGAACCUGCUGGUGCUGAUAGCCAUCGUGAGGAGCCUGCGUGCCCGCCGGUGGGUCUACUCCUGCAUUGCCAGCAUCACAGUGAGCGACCUGCUGGCCGGAGGGGCUUAUAUCUUCAACAUCUGCCUGUCGGGCAGCAGGACCUUCCAGCUGACGCUGGAGCUGUGGUUCUUCCGGGAGGGCAUCCUCUUCAUUGCCCUGGCCGCCUCCACCUUCAGCCUGCUGGUGAUGGCCAUCGAGCGCUACAGUGCCAUGGUGAGACCCAUUGCCGAGAACGAGACCAGCAAGAGCUCACGCCUGCGCAUUCUCAUCAUCUCCUGCUGGGCCUUGGCCAUCCUCAUUGGGAUGCUACCCCUGCUGGGCUGGAACUGCCUGUGCAACUUCCCCAGCUGCUCCACCCUCCUGCCCCUCUACUCCAAGAACUACAUCCUUUUCUGCAUGGUCAUGUUCGGAAUGAUUCUGCUGGGCAUCAUCGGCCUCUAUGCCUCCAUCUACCACCUGGUCCGGGCCAGCUCCCAGAAGACCACCACCCGCCAUAGCCGCAAUAGGUCCCUGCGACUGCUCAAGACCGUCCUGAUGAUCCUGGGGGCCUUCAUUCUCUGCUGGAGCCCACUCUUCGCCUUGCUGCUCCUCGACGUCUUCUGCGAGUCCCAGACCUGCAAGCCCCUGCAGGGCAUGGACUGGGCCCUGGCCCUGGCAUUGCUCAACUCAGCCAUCAACCCCCUCAUCUACUCCUUCCGCAGCCUUGAGGUGCGCCGGGCCGUGCUGUGCUUCGUCUGCUGCUGCUGCAUCCGCCUUGGGCUCCGUGGGCCUGGGGACUGCUUGCUCAUGGCCGAUAUCAACUCGGGAUCCUCGACCGAGAGCUCCCUGCGGACUCGCGAGAGCUUCCGCCGCUCUGUGGUGCUCAACGCCCGGGAUCGGCCUAGGGAGCCUCUCUCCAGCAACUCCAGCAUGAUGAGCAACCUUCCCAGUAACUGAGGGGACGGCGGCAGGCUCCAGAAGGGGGUCUGCCCAUGGGGACUUGCCCUCAUGGCCAGGACUGGCUGUCAGGGGUAAGGUCCGGCGGCU